GUAUUUCUGGCGGCUAGCUUGCACCUGUACCCGGAACUCAAUACAUCGGUAAAUGCAAUGGCGGUGGUGUUAUAGGAGUUUCCGCAUCCAAAUUAAUAUUGUCGUAUAUUGCAAGCACGCGUAAUCGCCAGCUUAUGGUUCCACUGCGAACUGCAUGCAGCGGCAAUUGUGAGCAUUGUGACCUAAAUCUCUUGUCUCAUCUGCUGUGUGAAUGUGGCGUUAUUUCACUGUGUACGGAAACGACAACUCUUCGGGCGGCUGACCGUAAUACUACUACCGAUGGAACCCAACGAUUCGGCGGGGGCUGCCCCGGCUGGACCUGGGGAGCAAACCGGUACCAUCACCACAACAACGAGUAAUCCCCCUGCGAUACUAGCCCGUUCUACCUCUCACUCCGUGACGGAUGCCGUUCAUGUGAAAAAUCCGAAUGCCCGGCAGACAUGGGGGAGGGAGUUGGAUUACGUUCUUUCCAGUAUGGGAUGGGCCAUUGGCCUUGGCAACGUCUGGCGGUUCCCGUACCUGUGUUAUCAGAAUGGUGGAGGUGCGUUUCUAUUACCCUACGUCAUAAUGCUCUUCUUUGCUGGGUUACCGUUGUAUUUCAUGGAAGUGGCUCUGGGCCAAUACAGCAGUAGCGGUUUGAUCAAAGUUUGGAAAGCUGUACCGCCAAUGAGAGGUUUAGGAUACGGUCAGCUCUUCAUGUCUAUCUAUGUCUCCAUUUUCUACAACGUCGUUCUUGCCUACUGCCUCUACUACUUCUUCGCCUCUUUCACCAGUCGUUUGCCUUGGAUUGGUUGUUCCAACGACUGGAACACGCGUCUAUGCAGUGAGAUAUACGACGAAUGUUUAGCGGACGGUGGAAUCGUGACUGAAGAUAGGAACUGUACAAAGCUGGAGGACCUGUCACAAGAUGAACUGACGCAUUAUAACAUUACGAGAAUACCGAGGACUGAUAGGUUCAAUACAAGUCUUUAUCAAGAUCCGUUUAUUCAUUUGAGAGCUUUGCCAAGUCAAGAAUACUGGAAGAAUGAAGUCUUGCAAGAAUCUUCGAGUAUGAACGAGACUGGGACAUUGGUAUGGAAGCUCACUCUAUGCCUUCUACUUGCCUGGUCGAUUGUUUUCCUGUGCCUCAUCAAAGGCGUGAAGUCCGCUGGAAAGGUAUGUCAUCACUCUUCCCCUCAUGGAGCCAUUGAUUUCAAUUUGUCGCCUAUAGCUGGUACAAAGUAAUUGGUGGGUGUCGGGAUUUGUACGGUGUUUGAGUGUCUCAUGCAUCUUCUGGUUUUAAUUGAUCGGAUAGGCAAAGAGAAAAUGGGCGUUGAUGGUAUCAAGGGAUUGAUUAAUCAGUUAUGGUGACUGAAGCAUUCAAGAUGAUGGUGAUGUUGAUGGGAUGAUGUUAUUACGAUGAUAAUGAUGGUGACGUUGGUGAUGGUGGUGGUGAAGAUGGUGAUGAUGGUGAUUUGAUGAUGUCGAUGUCAAUGUUUGUGAUGACGAUGUUGAUUAUUUGAUUAUUGUGAUUGUGAUAGUAAUGACGAUGUUGAUAUGAUGAUGACGGUAAUGUUGAUGGUAAUGGAGAUGGUGAUGAUAGUCAUGAUUAAAAUGAUGUCUAUGAAUAUGCUGCUGCAGGUUAUGAUGAUCAUGCCAACCGUCAUUUGGUAAAAAUGAUAAUUUAUGAUAAUGCCGAAUAUUGGUGAGUGCAGCGCUAAAACAGAAUCAGCUGCUGAUACUGCUGACUGCCAUUUUUAUGAUGAUCGUGAUAUUAAUAGCGGCAUUCAUUGUGGCGAUUGUCAUCAUCGGGGAAAAGAAUUGUGAUCAUUUGAUUUCACAAACACAGUUAUCACAGGCAUAUUUGUUUCAGAGAAAAUCAUACUCAAAUACCCGUUAUUUGAGUCCUUUUAUUUGCUUUGGGGACAUGGUUUGUUGAUUUGAAGAAAACCGCGGCUCAUUCUUCAUCACUGAAAGCGUGAAUUCUGCAACAUUGUGACAGUAUGGCCAGGUUUCUAGGUCACUAAAUUGUCGCCAGUAUUUUACAAUGAUUUCUUUACAUUGUUUGCUGUUUUCCAUUUGAUUGCGAUUGGAACCAUGUGGAGUCAAUCCGUAGUCCGUAUUGGGAUAAUACUAAUACGUAGAUCAUCCUUAUCAACGUCAAGAGCCCAUUUCUAUACCCUUAUUUUGAAAUAGAUCACUGCAAAGCAGAGCGAGACUGUACAUGUAGGCGCCGCUUUUCCGACGGCGGCGGCGUUGUCAACAUUGAAAUCUCAAUCGAAGGUUAAGUUUUUGAAAUGUCGUCAUUCAUGUAACUUAAUAUGUAUCUGGACCUAUAGUUCAUGAAACUUGGACAUAAGAUUGAUUACCAUGGACCUAUGAAGAGAUGGACGAUUAACGCGAGCAUUUCUUUGGUCCAACGCAAGCCCCCGAAGCUACCGCCAUUUUGUUUAAUCCAUUAGAAGCUAAAAUAAGCCCUCAUUAAUAUUAAUUUCGUACGAUGCUCCCUCGUCGACUGUGGUUUUGUACGUGUAUUAGACAAUACGCACAUCAGCGCAAUGACAAAGGUCAACUUGGUAAAUUCAUUAAUGUAUUCAUUUUGUUACGCACUCGUGACGCGAAGGAUUCAGCGAAUCAAGCAAGCGCAAAUCUGAGACGAUACAUUGCGCUCAAUAAAGUAUCGAUAUCACAAUCGAUAUCACUUAAAAACAAAGCAUUGUUUGUAUUGUGUCGUAUAGGCCUAUAAAGGGAAGAUGAAAAGAGUAGUCUUCAAGUCGUGAUUAGUUAAAGAGGUCUCAAGUGCUUUUGCCAUCCCCAAAUUGUUGCAUGUUAAGAUAUACAGCAAUCUUAGUUUUUAACAAAUGUAAAGAAUCAAUAUUAAUUAAUCAAUAUUAGGGGGGCCUACAUUAUACAAGCUCUGUUUUUCAGUUGGCCCUCCCUCCCUUUCAAUCAUUUAUAUUUCGAUUUGAUAAUUGUCUAUUGUAAUUUUAUAAUGUUGUCAAUUUUUGUAUGUACUUCAAUUGUGAUUAUAUGUUACUUUGUCAAUUGUAUCAUAAUUGUAAAUAUGAAAUUGAAAGUGGAAAAUAAAAUAAUUGAAUUGAAUCUAGACUCUAAAUAGCCGGCAGAGGCCGCCGAACGGAUCAAAGGGGGCUGUUGCACUGACCCAAAAGUCUUGUUUUCUUUUUUUUUUCUAGGGGGGGGGGGCGGGUGGGGGCAGAACAUGGUUAUUACAAUUUGAUGGUAAUUUUCACUGGUUGAGUAUGGUUACUGAAAAAAAUAACUGUCACCACUAAUAGAGUACAUUUCUUGUUACAAAUUUCGAGAAGC